GUCACAAUCAUUGCCGAACGAAAAAUAGUUUAACAUUUUAUGGAUAUCUCUUGAUCAGUUGUUCGCGACGUGCUUAUAAAUUAAUGAAUGGUUCAGCAUGAAUUUAUAAGCCCGCAGAGAGAAAUGGAUUUACAGAGAAAUGGUGAUGCUAAUAAUGAGCUACUUUCAGCUCAAGCUCACAUAUGGAAUUCAACCUUCAGUUCAUCAACUCAAUGUCACUAAAAUGUGCGGUUCAAUUAGGAAUUCCAGACAUUAUUCAUCAACAUGUCAAUCAAUAUCAUCAACCCAUGACCCUUCAUCACUUAGUCAAUGCCCUCCCAAUAAACCCAGCAAAAUCCCAAUUCAUCCAUCGCCUAAUGCGGAUUCUGACCCAUACGGGUUUCUUUCAAAAGGAGAAGAUAGGAGAAGAAGAAGGCUAUUCUCUUACUCCGUCAUCUAAACUCCUGUUGAAAGACAACCCUUUAUGUCAGACGCCAUUUUUGAUGUUAAACCUUGAUCCAGUCUCCAUGAAUCCAUGGCAUCACUUAAGCCAAUGGCUUCAAGAGAAUAGCAACGUCGAUGGUAGCACGGCCUUCGUCACGUGUCACGGAAAAAGUCCGUGGGAGCUCUCAGGGAAUGAACCGCGGUUGAACCAGCUUUUCAACGAGGCAAUGAUAUGCGAUUCUCGGCUGGUUUCAAAAUUGGUGAUCGAAAACUGUGGAGAUGUUUUCUUAGGGUUGAAUUCGAUGGUGGAUGUUGCUGGCGGAUCUGGAACUAUGGCUAAGGCCAUGAUUGAUGCUUUUCCAGGCUUGAAGAUUAUUGUCUUGGAUCUUCCUUAUGUGGUUGAUGGCUUGAAAAGUUGUGACAAUUUGGCCUUCAUUGGAGGGAAUAUGUUUGAAGCCAUUCCUCCGGCUGAUGCAAUUUUUCUGAAGUGGAUAUUGCAUAAUUGGGGUGACAAAGAAUGUGUGCAAUUACUUGAGAAAUGCAAAGAGGCAAUCCAAAACAAAGAAAAUGGAGGCAAGGUGAUAAUCAUUGAUAUGGUGGUGAUGAAAGACCAUCAACAAGAAAGAAACAACGGGGCUAAGAUUAUUGAUCAUGAGGCAAAAGAAACUCAACUUUUCUUUGAUAUGGAGAUGAUGGUUCUACUCGCUGGAAAAGAAAGAAAUGAAGAAGAAUGGGCAAAGCUCUUCUAUGAAGCUGGCUUCAAUCACUACAAAAUCACUCCUCUGCUCGGCUUCAGAUCCCUCAUCGAGCUUUACUAUUACUAGCCAGCUAUUCAUGAAUUCUGGCUUCUUCUUCUUUUUUUUUUAAAAGCAAUUCCAUUGCAGUAAAUGAAAAAAAAUUAAAAAAUAAAAAUAAAAAUCCCACCGUACUCUAAACGGGAUAUGAUUGUUAGAACUCUCAGUCUUGCCACCAGGGUAUUAUGUCUGAUCAAUUGUGUUGUUUCCCCUGAUGUGUUUCACCUUUAAAAAAAAACCGUACUUUGUUCGUGUGAUAUAUUAUGAGUUUGAAAUAGUCGUCAAGUCUUACUAUUGUAAGAGCUCUUGUAAGAACUCAAAAAUUACAAUUAACUAGGUUAGCGAGAACCAUUUGCAUUUCUGUUUAAAAGUAACACAUAAGAAGCAGCUCUAGUCUGAGCCAGAUAUGCAUUGCAGAAAGCCAGAAAUCCUCUAAGCUUCAAUUACUUUUAACACUUGUACAAUUUGUUGCCGUCCUUUUUUUGCUAAAAAAAAAAUUAUUUUGAUGGGUUUUGUAAUUUUAAUGAGUUUAGACAAACAUAUCUUCCAUAUUUCUGUUGGACUGAUUUUUGACAAAUCUGGUCCACAUGAGAAUGGCCGAUCGCAGCACUUUAAUGGAGGAAAAAUCAGUGUGAAGCCCGCCUUGGUUAAAGUUCGUGGAUGCAACAGAGAGCGACGAAGCAAAAUCCGAAAAGGAGUCAAUGACGCCGCAGUCUAUAUCGAAGAAGGAUGCAACAGGAAUCCUUGCGAAAUUCGACUUCUGUUGCAACCUAGUUAGGGGUGGCGGAAUCAGUUAAAAAGGUAUGAAGGAGGCACCGGGAAGGACACAACUCAUUAUCCAAGAAUCAGAAAUCAUAUUUUCCUUUAUAGCUCUGUUCUUUGCAAUUUUAAGCUUUUAUGUGUUUCUUUAUGUUUCAGCUUUAAACAUUAUCAUCAUUUUGGCGAUUCAGGCUAUUCAAAACCGAUUUGUU